AUGGUUGUUACAGUACUAACCUUGCUAUGUUGUCUGGUUACUCUUAACCAUGCUUCUAAUAGUCAUAUCGUUGGAAUACCAAGCAUUGGAACAAGUCAUGGACUUGUUUACGUCAAAAUCGGACGAGAGCUGACUAGGAGAGGUUACAGAUACAGUCUUCUUGUACCAGCCUGGCAAGUGAAUGAAAUUGGACCUAAUUUGGCUGGCAUUGCAGUGAAAUCUUACGACACUCAUACAAAUGGGAAUGAUUUGGAAAAAGUGAUAAUAAAAGAAGCCGAAGGCAAGCUAAAUAUCACCGAGAGAAAUGAUUUUUGGAAGUCUACGUGUGAGGAUUUGCUGAAUGACAGAGCUCUCUUGAAAAGCUUGGGACGGGUAGACUUGAUUGUUUGCGAUAUCACAAGUAUAUGUUGUGCUAUAGUGGCAGACUUGCUGAAAGUGAAUCGCGUUGACUUGGCUCCCAUCGGAUUUGUAGAUCCCUAUGUGAGUUUUAUUCACAAUUUCCCUUCUCCCGUGGCCUAUGUUCCGCACGGAACUGUCAAACUUCCAAAGAGAAUGUCAUUUUUGGAAAGGUUACAAAACCUGUUGUUGUAUAUCUUAGGGUAUGUUAUGCACGAGUUUGUUUUUAUGCCACCCUUUGAAGAUUUGUGGAGGACUCAUGUCAAAGACAGUAAGUUUUCUAGUCUCAGUGAAGUAUUCAGAGCCACAGGAUUGUUAAUAAUUCCAAACGACUUUGCUUUAGAUUUUCCAAGGCCUUUUGGAGCCCAUGUGAAAGUGGUUGGGCCCAUACUCCCGGAAAAGCCUAAACCACUUCCGUCAGACAAAGAAAGUUUCAUCUCUGAUGGAGACUUGACAGAAUUAGUAGUUGUUUCAUUUGGGACUGUCAUUUCAAAUUUCAAACCGGAGUUUGUUGAUAGCAUUGCAAAAGGGCUCAUGCAGGUCCCUUCUAAAGUUAUAUGGAAGUAUAAAGGUGAGUUGAGCUUACUGCCUCAAAACCUGAGCAAAAAUAUCAAAAUUGUACCAUGGAUGGAACAAAAUGAUCUUCUUGGACAUACAGCUACAAAGGUCUUUUUCACUCACGGGGGCUUGAACAGUAUACUUGAGGGCACUUAUCAUGGGACACCUAUGGUUGUUUUACCUCUCUUUGGUGACCAACCAGCUAAUGCUAUGAAAGUGCAUGAGGCUGGUAUUGGUGUGAUACUGGACUUGCAAAAUUUAACACCAAAUGCAGUAACAAAUGCAAUACUUGAAGUUCUCAGAAAUUCCAGUUAUAAAGAAAAAGCUGAAAGAGUUUCUAGAUUGAUUCAUCACAGGAGAGUCACACCAACUGAAGAGGCCUGUGACUGGAUUGAAUAUGGGCUUCAUAACAAUGCAGGACUGCAUUUAAGGAGUGAAGCUGACAACUUGUACUUUUUUCAAGUUUAUCUCUUAGAUGUGUUGCUUCUCAUAGUAGCGACUGUUGUUUGUGUUAUGGUUUUGUUCUGCUUUUGUCUGAAGUAUUGCUUACAACACAUCAUACAAAAGUGUUCUAAAAAAUCAAAGGCAGAGUAA